AUGCCCGGCGGUCCGCUUGUUCUAGCUCGUGUUCCAUUUUUCGAUUUCUCCUCGCCUCCCUCGUUACCUUCUAACUGGUCCGAUUUGACUCCGGCUGAUCUUAAUUGUACGUACGGUAUUCGGUGGAUUUAUGAUUUUAUGGGUCAGUGUGUCAUGGACAAUCGAGGCAUAGCAGCCAUGGUUUGUGGAUUUAUUUGUCUUUUCACCUGGAUAUUGAACGGAGUUCCUCAAAUGAUUGAGAACUUUCGAUCUGGAAUACCCGAUAAAGCUCUGUCACCUUUGUUGCUCCUGUUUUGGACUCUAGGCGAUAUUCUCAAUUUUACUGGCUGUGUUCUGGCUCAUCAGCUGAUCUUGCAGGUUGUUGUGGCGGUGUAUUCCAUUGCCAGUGAUCUUGUACUCGUAUCCCAGUUUAUCUACUACAAGGCACGACGUAGAAAAAUCAUGUUGGGUAAGUUCGCUGCCAUAUAG